AUGGAAGCCAAAGGUUUUUACCACGACGACGCUUCCAGGUCGCAAACCUCUCUUCCCACGGAACGAAAAUACCUCAAUCCGAGGUGGAAACAACGGUUCUCUCCGUCUCUGCGGCCGUUCCUUCAGACGGUGGUCAUCAGUAUGGUGUCGUUCGGUGAGACUCACGGCAAACAACAAUCAGGAAUCGGAAAAGCCGCCUUAUCACUUCUAACUUCAGGGAAAUACGUGAUGGAUCCGGAGCUGAGGGGAGCAGAGUUUGAGCGGAUCACUCAAAACUUGGAUCUGCAGUUUUGGAAAUCCUUCUGGAACCUGACGGAAACUGGGCUAAUCACAGGCUUCAGCCGGAUCGCUUCAAACCCAGUGCAGGUGAAUCUGACGCUGUCUCUCCCUCCGGAGCCGCUGCAGCUGCCUCUGGCCUCAGACCCCAGCCUCUCCACAAACGUGUCCCCUCCCGUCGCACACUGGGGUCCUGGGCCUGUGCUCGCGCGCCUCAUAUCCUCCGAGAUUUGA